AAUGGGACCUCAAAACUUACUGAUAUUUCCUGAUAAACUCACUCACUAUUUUAAGUUUGUAAUUGUUAAUUUUCCACUUUUUUUCCCCACAUUUCAGGUUACAGCAACCCAUUCCAACUGCAUCAUCAAAAAGGAGCAAGAGACUUGUCUGGAGAAGAUACGGAGGGCAGCUGCCCUUAACCCUCUCAAUGACUCUUCUCCAGGUUGCCCAGGAAUGUGGGACAAUAUUACUUGCUGGAAACCUGCAAGUGUGGGUGAAAUUGUCUUUGUCAAGUGUCCUGCACUGUUCAGAUUUAUCAUCUCUGAAGAUGGUUGGGAAGUUGAUAACCUGGGGCAAACCCAUGCAGGUGAUUAUGACCUGCUGGAAAGCACAGCCCAGUCUCCCCUAGGGGACAUCAGCAGAAAUUGCACUGAAGAUGGCUGGUCUGAACCUUUUCCUCAUUAUUAUGAUGCCUGCGGCUUUGAUGAAAAUGAAACAGAGUCUGAUAACCAGGAUUACUACUAUCUAUCUGUGAAGGCUUUGUACACAGUGGGAUACAGCACUUCUCUUGUUUCCCUCACCACUGCCAUGGUUAUCCUGUGUCGUUUCAGGAAGCUUCACUGCACUCGAAAUUUUAUCCACAUGAACCUCUUUGUUUCAUUCAUCCUACGUGCAAUAUCUGUAUUCAUUAAAGACGGGGUUCUUUAUGCUGAACAGGAUGGCAACCACUGUUUUAUCUCAACGGUGGAAUGCAAAGCUGUGAUGGUGUUUUUUCACUACUGUGUCAUGUCUAACUACUUCUGGCUUUUCAUCGAGGGAUUGUACCUUUUCACUUUAUUGGUAGAAACCUUUUUCCCAGAGAGGAGAUAUUUCUACUGGUACACUAUUAUUGGUUGGGGAACCCCAACAAUUUGUGUCACUGUCUGGGCAGUGUUGAGACUUCACUUUGAUGAUACCGGCUGCUGGGACAUGAAUGACAACACUGCCUUGUGGUGGGUGAUCAAGGGUCCUGUGGUUGGAUCGAUCAUGAUAAACUUUGUGCUUUUUAUUGGCAUAAUUGUGAUACUUGUGCAGAAGCUUCAGUCACCUGAUAUCGGGGGCAAUGAAUCCAGCAUUUACUUGAGACUGGCUCGCUCUACACUACUGCUUAUCCCCUUGUUUGGAAUUCACUACACGGUGUUUGCUUUUUCUCCUGAAAAUGUCAGUAAGCGGGAGAGACUAGUGUUUGAAUUGGGACUGGGAUCUUUCCAGGGUUUUGUUGUUGCUGUUCUCUAUUGUUUCUUGAAUGGGGAGGUGCAAUCAGAAAUAAAGAGAAAAUGGAGGAGCUGGAAAGUCAACCGGUAUUUUGCUGUGGAUUUCAAGCAUCGUCAUCCUUCUCUAGCGAGCAGCGGAGUGAACGGGGGGACACAACUCUCCAUUCUGAGCAAGAGCAGCUCUCAGAUUCGGAUGUCCAGCAUAAAUGCGGAGAACCUAGCGACAUGA